CUUUGGCAGGUUGUUGCCCGGGGUUCUCCAUACCCCCUCAUUGUUCCCCCUCCAUGCGGGGGGUAUUGGAUUGAAGGGAGAAGCAGUGCAGCGGAAGAUCCCACCAGCCUGCCUGCCCCGAAGCGGCUGCCGGAGGAGGGUGAGGGAACAGCGAGGCAUUACCGGACUCACUUUCUGGGCAAGGAACAUUAUAAUUUUUAUGCCACUGAUGUGUCUCUGGGGAAGUUGCUGCUCUCAGUGAAACAUGAACAGAUGGGAGGUCAGGAAAUGAUGAGACUCCUACUGAGGACUAAGAUGCAGAACUACAGUACCUUGGUUCCCAUAUCGAACCUCACUGAGUUCCCAAGUGCAGUUCAGAUGGCGAAGCUGGUGAAUGAAGAAGUCUCUGUUGAGCAAUUCUACCCUGUGCUCUAUCCUAAGGCAUCCCAACUGCUCGCUACCUUCGAUGAACACUUCAUUACCGACAGAUUCAAAUUCGGAAUCCUCUACCAGAGACAAGGGCAGGUGACAGAGUCCGAGCUGUUCGGUAACACUGAGGAGAGCGAGGAGUUUGAAGAGUUCUUGCAGCUUUGUGGAGAAAGGAUUCAGCUUCAAGACUUCAAGGGGUUCCGUGGAGGUCUGGAUACCAGCUGCGGACAAACCGGAUUGGAGUCCGUCUACACGCAGCACCAAGGGAGCGAGAUCAUGUUCCACGUCUCUACCCUGCUCCCCUUCACGGUGGGAGAUGCGCAGCAGCUCCAGCGCAAGAGGCACAUCGGGAACGACAUCGUGGCGGUGCUCUUCCAGGACUGGGACACGCCCUUCUGCCCGACUAUGGUGGCCUCCAAUGUCCUCCACGCCUACAUCGUGGUGCGGCCGGAGAGGAGGGGGACGGGGGGCAGCUUCUACAGGGUCUCCGUAACUGCUCGUGACGAUGUGCCCUUGUUUGGACCUCCUUUGCCUACCCCUCCAUUCUUUCCCAAGGGUCCUGAAUUCCGUGAAUUUCUGCUCACCAAACUCAUCAACGCCGAGUACAGCAGCUAUCGCUCCGAGAAAUUCUCCGCUUUGGAGGCCAGGACCAGAGGCGCACUCCUGGGACUCCUAUAUGAGGAACUUCACUGGAAGAGCGAGGCUGUGUUGGGAAUUCAGAGCAACGAUGUGGAAAAGACCGAGGACGGUGAGCGAGGUUUCUUCGAGAACUUCAAGAGAGCAAUCCAAGGCAGGAGCCAGUCCUUCGACACGGUGGGAACGCCGGGAAGGAGGAGCUCACCG